AUGGCGAAUAAGGGAACGCUUUCACUCCCUUUGUCACCAUCGGCUGCCAUAGAUAUCUACAUUACUGUUCCCGACUUCUAUGCACAUUAUGUCAAGCUGAAGUUCCGAGGGACUCAUCUUCAAGUACGCGAACAUGUACCACUGGCACCUUACAUGAUCCUUGUUCUGAGGAUCGAGAAACGGACUAUAUUACUCUACAAAAGCGAAGUAGUAAAGGAGAAGAACCCGAAAUGGGCAGAAUUCGCCGUUCCUAUAUAUGUUAUCCAGUUCUUUACACAUGGCGCCCUUCAAAUACAUGUGUAUAACCAAAACACAAAUGCAGCAGACACGCUGAUAGGUUUCUGCAGCACGUCAAUGGCACAGCUGGAACGAGGCGUCGGAGCUCUGAAUUCGUAUAUGCUUAUGAACUUUGAAGGAAAGCGUAUUCAUGAGAAAAUGAGUGUUGAACUUGAAUCCAUGGAACUAGGUCGUGGAGAAACAUUUUUCAGUGCAAUCAAAGAUAGCACUCAUCUUCACCUCACUACGGCGAUAGAUAUGACAGCAUCAAAUGGAAAUCCCAACCAGCCUGAUUCGCUGCACUUUAUUCAUCCACAUGCUCAGAGCCCGUACGUGAAUGCAAUGCUUCGGCUAACACCGCUAUUCCUUGGUUACAUGGCUCACUCAAGAAUAGGUGCACUCGGUUUUGGCGCACGAACAGAGCCUCGAUUUGAGUUGUCGCAGUGUUUUGCUUUGAGCGGUUCUCAUACCGAUCCUCAUGUCGACGGUGUAAAAGGGCUGCUGGAAGCAUACCGUUCGGCAAUGAUGGCAGUUCAACCAUUCGCUCCUACAGACUUUUCUGAAGUAAUUUAUCAUGUGUCGAAGUUCGCAAAAGCGGAGACAAGACGCCGACUCGGCUUAUACUUCGUUUUGCUAAUUUUGACGGAUGGCGGGCUGACUAACCCGCGCCGUACUAUAGACGCCAUUGUAGAUUGUUCUCUUCAUCCGAUGAGUGUAAUUGCAGUCGGGAUUGGAAAGGAUCGAGAAUUUGCAAGUGUUAAGGCCCUGGAAUCACCAGUUCUCAAGCACUCUGACGGACGACCAUUGGCCAGACAGAACUUCCAAUUCGUGCCAUUCGAGGACCUCGACAGUGAUGAUGCAGUGGCAUUGAUUCCUCUUCAAAUUGCGCAGUGGCGAAAUCUCGUUUGCGAGAAGCCGAUGGAGUCCCCACCCUAA